UUUCACGAAAAGACUAUAUCACCCCUCAUCGACCUUUAUUUUCAAUUUUCGCUUCGCACGCUCUUUUCUCUUUCGUUCUCGCUCUGACCGGGAAAAGGAAAAGAAAGACCAGUUUUCUUCACGCACCCUAGAUUUCCUCUUUCUCCAUCUCUCUCUAAAAUCUUAAUGGCGUUCUCUUCGUUUCUCGGCAGAGUCCUCUUUGCGUCCGUUUUCAUCCUCUCUGCUUACCAAGAAUUUAAUGCUUAUGGGGUUGAUGGCGGACCCGCAGCAAAAGCACUGAGACCGAAGUUUGAUGCAUUUGCCCAUCAAGUACAUUCUAGAGUUGGAUUUCAACUUCCGGAUAUCGAUAUGAAGUUUUUAGUUGCUGGGGCUAUUGCUCUCAAGGGCAUUGGAGGGAUUCUUUUCAUACUUGGCAGCUCUUUUGGAGCUCUCCUUUUGCUUUUGCAUCAAGUGAUUACUACUCCCAUACUGUAUGAUUUCUACAAUUAUGACAGCGAGGACAAAGGAUUUAUUCAACUUUUCAUCAAAUUUACUCAGAAUAUGGCCCUCUUCGGUGCUUUGUUGUUUUUCGUUGGGAUGAAAAACUCCAUUCCUAGAAGGCAACCCAAGAAGAAGGCUCCCAAAACAAAAACCUAUUAGUUGCAAUGAGUUCUUGGAUUGUUCCUGGUUGCUCGUUACACCCCUUUUCCAAUUCUCCAGGAUUUGAUUUAGGUGUCUGUUUCAGAACAAAUGCCCCCCUAAUGAGUAUUCAAUGUACCAUUCGUCGCGGAUUAUAUUUAAUUUAUAAUUAUUUAUAUUUGUAUGUUAUUUUUUGGUUUGCUUGACAAUAGGAACUAUCUUUCGAUAACUUGUAUACGAAGAGGGAAAAAAAUUAUCAGAGCCUGUUCAUUCAGACUUUGAGUGCCAAUUUCGUUAUCUAGCGGAUUUGAUCGAAAGGUAAAACUGACGGUUGCUAUUUUAAAUUAAGCUUGAUUUCCCCCCCA